AUGGACUCGAGUGAGGAUCGAGAUUGCUCAGCCUCCAUCGCCGUCACCGGAGAGACAGCUUCAGCUGGGAAGACAGGUGUUGAAGAGGUAGAGGAUGUCAAGGAGACGAUCGUGCCAACUGACCUGCUUGGUAACAAUGAUCCCACUAUGGAUGAUUCGGUAGUUAAUGAGGAAUCUGCUGCUGCGGAGGGAGGGAAGAAGGACAAGAGAGGGGUCGUGUAUUUCUCGAGGAUACCGCCCUUUAUGCAACCUUGUAAGCUUCGGCACCUGAUGGAACAGCUCGGCCGAGUUGGUAGAGUAUAUCUCACCCCCGAGGAUGAGACACAGCAAGCCCGGCGUAAGAAGACUGGUGGCAAUAAGAAGACCAAGUUCGUGGAUGGUUGGGUCGAGUUUGAGAGCAAGUCGGUGGCGAAGCGUGUGGCAGCGACAUUGAACAAUACGCCAGUGGGAGGCAAGAAACGUCAUAAUGCCUAUAGGGACGAUAUGUGGCUGUGUCGGUAUUUGCCGAAGUUCAAGUGGCAUCACUUGAAGGAACAUGUUAUCUACAAUAGGGAGGUCCGUGGGGCCCGACUGGAGCAGAAGCUCUCACAACAACGUAAAAUAAACAACUUCUACCAAGAGAUGCUAUUGGAGGAGAAGCGUGUGGAUAAGAUGAAGGAGCGUCGAGAGAAGAAGGCAGCUGAACAAGGCGAGGAAAUGGUCCAGCCUCCUGUACAUAAGAAGGCGAGGACAGGCGUCCACCAGCGAAUGCCUCAUACAAGCUCUCAGAUCAGUGCGACGACGACAAGGAAGCAACGGGAGGUUUCUUCUGACGCAUUACUUGAUAGUCUAGCUCUCUAACUUACUGU